ACAGCCACAUACCCGAUUGUUAUAAAGAGGAUAUAUAUUGUGGUAUAUAUAUACGUGCCUUGAGAUAUAUUCUAUAGGCAGAGGACCUUUGCUAAUACACCUACAGUACCUCUCUUUCCCCGUAAUAUUUCUAGCAAUAUUAUCUGCUCUCUUCUCCUGCAUAUCUUGUCAUAGAGUAACACCAAUGGAAACUUCACAGCCUCUUUCUAUUGAAAGCUUCUCAUACAGUUGGUUAGUUAAUCUGAAGCCAUCUUUGGAAAGCCUAGACAAUUCUCUCAGGGCCUCACUAGAUGCAUCAGAUGAAGCUUCCUUCAUUGAGAUGGACCCAAGAAUGCCACCUUCAAAAAGAUUCUUCAGAAAUUCUCAGGAUUUCAAAUUUGACUUCCCCAUUUCACAAUCUCCUCUUACUCUCGUCCAUGCUGAUGAGCUCUUCUCCGAUGGCCAUGUCAUGCCUCUCUUUGUCGAUCCGUUAAAGAUGAAGGCUUAUGAUGUCUCAGACUCAACCUCAGCCCUCCCUACCUCUUCUCAUGCACCAAAAAAUGUGGUUUCAGCUUGUAAACCUCAACGUUGUUCUUCAUUAAGAAGGUGCAGGAGAAUGUCAAAGCAAAUAGUUCAGAAAUACUUGGAUUUUCUAAGGCCAUUGUAUCGAAGAAUUCGAGGCCACAGGUCAAGUUCAAGAGCUGAAAAUAUUGAUUCUAAAGUUCAGGUAAUGAAGAACAGGGUAUAUUCAGCAGAAACAUCUCCGAGAAUCAGUGUAGCUUAUUCUGUCGAUGAUUGCUGGCGAAGGUCUUGUGAUUCUGAGAGCUCUAUUUAUGAGGCAGUACUCCAUUGCAAAAGAUCCAAUGGGAAAUAAAUUGAUGUCGUUGUACGAAGGAGUUGAAAAGAAGAGAAGGAAAGCAGCAAUGUUGAUAUUCACAUGGGAAAGAAAAAGAGAGAGGAAUAAAGAAAGAUCAGCAACCACUUGUUUCUUGUUCUUUUCUUCUAUUCUUCUGGGAGGAUAAUGUAAAUUUGUUUUCUUAUAAGAGAGUGUUUAGAAGUUGUGUGGAUGGUCGGCCAUGAGAAAUCUGGCCAUGAGGGAGAGAAAAAGAAAGAAGAAUUUAAGGAUAAAAUUAAAAUUUUUUUUUUUUUUUUGUCUUUUCCUUUAUGGGAGAAAAGCUAGGCUACCAGCUACUACAAGAUUCUCUCCCUUAUUUCUGUA